CUCAAUCAUUCAGUCAGUCAGUGACUCAAUCAGUCAAUGACUCAAUCAUUCAAUUAGUCGAUUAGUCACUUUAAACCUCCAUCUAGAGAUACACAUUUCCAGAGAUACACAGACGUCCUUUCAGAUUUCCAAUGGCUGAAAGUUGAGUGACGUAAAACGUGUAGGACAAGUGACGUAAAACGUGUGGGACAAGUGACGUAAAACGUGUGGGACAAGUGACGUAAAACGUGUGGGACAAGUGACGUAAAACGUGUGGGACAAGUGACGUAAAACGUGUGGGCCAAGUGACGUAAAACGUGUAGGCCAAGUGACGUAAAACGUGUGGAACAAGUGACGUAAAACGUGUGGGCCAAGUGACGUAAAACGUGUGGGACAAGUGACGUAAAACGUGUGGGACAAGUGACGUAAAACGUGUGGGACAAGUGACGUAAAACGUGUGGGACAAGUGACGUAAAACGUGUGGGACAAGUGACGUAAAACGUGUGGGACAAGUGACGUAAAACGUGUGGAACAAGUGACGUAAAACCUGUGGCACCAUCGUUAGAACGUAAAGCCGGCUACUGCUGUAGGCACCCACUGACGUCAUGAGGCCUAGGACAGCCCAAGUCUUGAGGGGACCGGCCUGCACGUUGUGUGACGUCAUUAAGUUCGGCUACUUUCAGCACGUCCGGAGCCUUAUCGCCAGUGGCCUUGACAUUGAGUGCCGGGAUGGCUUUAAGAGGACGCCCCUCAUUCUCUGCGCCCUUAUGGAGCCUGAGGAGUGGGGCGUCAGCAUCGCUAUGACUCUAAUCGAGCAGGGGGCGGCCGUGGGGCGGACGGACCGUGACGGUCGCAGCGCCCUGCACUACGCCUGCAUCUACGAGCGUGAGCAGCUGGUGGCCGUGCUGCUCCAGGCCCCUGACUUUGAGCUGAGCCAGGCAGACGGCGCGGGCAACACGGCCCUGCACUACGCCGCCAUGGCCGGACACUGGGCCAUCGCCCGCCGGCUGGUGCACAGCCUCAGGAGGUACAAACUCCGCCUGGACAAGCUCAACCUGCGGGGGAACACGGCGGUGGACGAGGCGCUGCUGGCCGGGAACACACGGACUGCGCAUGUCAUCCAGCAUGCAGCAGACGAGCCACGCGCCGGCGCAGACGUCAGCGCUGAUAGGGUCUCCGAGUGUCCAAGUAGGGUGACAAACAGCGUCUCACUUUUAAAGAAAAGAAAAAUUCUAAGACCAAAGUCGGCUCUGACGAGUCGUGACUUCCCGGCUGACUCCUCUAAUGGCGUCAGAACGUCCGUCUCUUUUAGCAGACCCAAGUCAAGUCACACGCCUCGCAGGAAGGCCCAGCGCCUCCUCUACUCUCUCGGCAUCAGAAACGAGGCUGACGUCAUAGUAUGCGCAGGCAGGGACGACUUCCGGAACACGGCCGAGUAUGUCUUCAAGCUGGUCCACCUGCCCCACGCCCCAGAGAAUGGCGAGACCGUCUCGCUGGCCAGCUCGAGCAGGCAGAGCGCCAGUCGCUGGACAGACUCGAGCAGCCACAUCCAAUCACAAUACAGCUCCAGCUCACGUGACUGGAGGGGGGAGUUCAAAGUUUUGUUCCAGGUCUACGAGAGCCAAUGCUCAGCUUCCUGGAGACUACCAAAACAACCGGAAGUCGCACCGGAAACACACAGCCUGCAACCGGAAGUGGAAGUGGAAGAGAAGAAAGGCCGUCGUCAGAGUAUAGCUUCUAGGUGCUCCAGCAACUUGGGCCUAACGCCCCGGCCCAGAGGGAAACAACAAAGAAAAAUAAUGGAAGCCUUCUAGCCGGGGCCCAGAGGGAAACAACAAAGAAAAAUAAUGGAAG